AUGACCAUCGAGCACAGAAAACGUUAUAUUAACACUUAUAAGUUGGCAUCGGUCCAUCCUCUGUUUAAAAAAGAUUACGAAAAAACUGUCGCACUCCAUUUGAACGAAAGCAAUGAAGCCAGACUUCCUGAAGUCUUUCUUCCCUGGCACCGGUGGUAUUUGACUGAGUUUGAAAACCUCCUGCGCAGAAUCGACUGUCGUGUGACCAUACCCUUUUGGGACUGGAGCAAAAACAUUCAUCAUUGGUGGAGAGGAACUGAAAACGACGACCUUUGGAAUCCUGAGGAUCACGGUUUGGGAGGAGAUGGAAGUAAGCUUGAUAACCACUGCGUGGAGAACGGACCUUUCAGCAAAGAUAAGUGGAGUCUCUUGGAUGUGUCCGGAGGAGGGUGUUUAACAAGGAAUUUCUUGAAGCGCAGUCUUGUUCACGAUACUGAAAACGUUAACAAAACUUUAUCGCUGCCCCUGGAAAAGUUUAAUGAAUUUGAAGAAACUCUUCGUUCAGAUUAUCACAUAGAGCCUCACUUCGUUGUCGGUGGUACAAUGAAUAAUCCUCUGAUUUCAGCAAAUUCCCCAGAACUGCUUCUUCACCAUGCAUUCUUGGACAAACUGUGGUAUGAAUGGCAAACUAAAGGAAACGAAUACCAAAAUGUCUACUUUCCAAACGUGCCCCUCAAAUUUCAUGGUUCAAAGUAUUAUUGCUGGGAAUGGAUCGAUUCUAGUAACCUUCCCGGUGAAGUAAAAGUAGUUUACGAAGAAUGA